UCUGGGACUUGCAGUUCGGCGGCGCGGGCGCGGCGGGGCCGGCGGCGCGGCGGGGACCACGAGUCCCGUCGUGCCCCGCGGAGCGGUGCGGAGGCGGCCGGGCCGGGCCGGGCCGGGCCGGGGAGGCAGCGGGCCGGGCAGGAUGUCGCGCCAGGCCGGCCGCGGCACCGAGAGCAAGAAAAUGAACUCUGAGCUCUUCACACUGACGUAUGGCGCGCUGGUCACCCAACUCUGCAAGGACUACGAGAACGACGAGGAUGUCAACAAGCAGCUGGACAAAAUGGGUUACAACAUAGGUGUUCGGCUAAUAGAAGACUUUCUGGCUCGGUCCAAUGUUGGAAGAUGCCAUGAUUUCCGUGAAACUGCAGAUGUUAUUGCAAAGAUAGCAUUUAAAAUGUACCUGGGCAUCACUCCGAGCAUCACCAACUGGAGUCCUGGAGGCGACGAGUUCUCCCUGAUCUUGGAAAAUAACCCCUUGGUGGACUUUGUUGAGCUCCCUGACAACCACUCAUCUCUCAUCUAUUCCAACCUGCUGUGCGGAGUGCUGCGAGGUGCCCUGGAAAUGGUUCAGAUGGCUGUAGAUGUAAAAUUUGUCCAGGACACACUGAAGGGCGACAGCGUCACAGAAAUAAGAAUGAAGUUCAUCAGGCGGAUUGAAGACAAUCUUCCAGCUGGUGAAGAAUGAAUCGCAACCCGGUCUCCCUUUGGGGCUGGAGGGGACCAGCUGGUUUUGGCCGUUAGCUUUCGUCACAGAUCUGUAGGGAUCUAGUGCCCCUGUGCAUUCAGACUGACUCACUGACUAUUUAAGAUGUUAUUAUAUUCUUCUACUAUUAACUUCCAUCUUCUGUAGAAGACGAUUGUCUGGUUGCUCUUUAUUUCACAGGUUCAUUCUGAAGCUUUUUUCAUAAGGUGAUGUCUUUUUCGUAUUCCCCUGGGGACUCUUUCUACGCUCACUUUCUAAUUGCGACCUUUGGUUGUGCGAGAACUACCGCUCAAAUUCUAGAAUCACUCCAGUCUGUUCAGAUCUGAAUCUGUGUUUUGUUCCCAGAACUGGAGACCAAGCUAUGAGAGCCCACUGAUUUACUGUUAAGUGCUGUCCUUAAAAAGAGGUGUUUAAAAUUCAUUCGGAGGUAGGCGCAUGGUACUUCUGUAGACCAAACUGGCUUCCUGCAUUUGAUUCUGAAUUUAUUAGUAAAAUGCAAGCUUGACACAAAGGGGUGGUUUGGGAGCGCCGUUUGAGGGCUGGCACCCAGUCGGGGCGGCUCCUUUGGCCGGACAGCGGCGGCAUCACGCAGCACCGGCAGAUUCAGGAGGUCCGUGUGGCCUGGGCCUCUCUGCAGUUCCUCAUCCCCAGCAGUCUCGUGGAAGGGCAGGACCAUUAAAUUGCAGCGGAGCAGCACUGAAUAUUUUAAACGGAGCAAAGGAAAGAGUGGCUAAAACGCCGUCGUUGUUCUACAGCGCGUACAGCCCAGGGGCCGCGUGGCGAGUCCACGGAAUGAAAAACAAAACUCAGACUAACGACUGGGAGGUAUUAAAUGCAUUUCAGCAAGUAGAGGCUGUUCUCCUGUUACGGUGUAUAAGCACUGUGCAGCAUGGAGGUGGUGCUGGGGUGUAUUCUCACAGAUGUUUAGGCUACAGCAGACUUUCCCAUGUUACUCGAAUUGGCAAGCGUCGGCGGGCGGUAGCACCUGCUGUUCUCUAAAAUAAAUACACAAAGUAGUGUUACAUCUCAAAAAGCAAGAUAUUGGAAAAUCAACUUCCUCCGCCAUCCCAUUCAGCCAGAAAAUGCAGGCAGACGUUCAGUUCUCAAAUCACUUUACAUAGCAUGAAGGCACAGAUCCACAGAGAUAAUUAGGAGCUUAAAGUCAAUAGCUCUUACCUCCACGGGAGCUGGUGGCUCAAAUACCUUUGUAGGUUUGUGCCUGAGUGUAAGGUGAGAGAAAGGAAGCUGCUGCUUGUGCUGCUGAGCACAUAGGUUCUCCAGGCGAACACUGAGUUACCUGGAUGCUGGUUGGUGCACCCUGUCCCUCUUUUUGCCCAAAUGAGGCCCUUUGGUGGGAGGGUUUGGACUCCCAGCAUGGUCUGUGUCCUGUGAAAGGGCAGUGAGGUGCUGUAAAAGCGGUCAGAGACCAACACGGAGGAACAGCAGUGGCUGGGGGGGUUUAGAAGCAGAGGUGCUGCAGGGUCACGCUGCAGAGAUGAAAAAGAUCUGGUUUUUUUCUCAUUGUUGACCAUUACAAGUCAUUCUAAGGCUGCAUUUUGAAAGGAAUUGCAUUAAAAGAAUCCCAGUGUCAACUC